AUGACUGCAUCGUCGCUGUUGGCUGCCUUCGUGGUGGCGACCCGUGCUGCUCUUCUGCCAUUCUCUGCUGCUCAAGACACCAACGGCCCUUACCCUGGAUCCAGCAGCUCUAGUCAGAGUGACUAUUCUCCUUUCUCCGAGGACCCAGCAUCCCCUUUGAACCCUGACUUUUACCCUCUGACUGACCGCUUCAUGGCCCAGCCACUGUCAUGGCCCAGCCACUCCUUGAGUGAUGCAGCCACCAGUCUCUUGGAGGGCAUCUCAGCUCAACGGCCCCAGCACCCUGGCAGGCAUAGCCAAGGCCUUGGAGAACACCUAAAUAUUCUUCACAAUUGUAAUGGCUUCUACCCACACGGGUGUGUCCUCUUUACUCUAGAUGCCAACAGUAACCCAGACCUCUGCAGUGACCUGCCCAUCAGACUGGCCAACGGAACCAUUCUCAUCUUCAAGUGUCAUUUCUUCUGGACGAUGGACCCCAGGACCAAGGCCCUUUGCCCAGCCCGCAACGUCACGGAGGAGUUUGGAAUUCCGUCCCCUAUUGACAGUGCCAUCACCCGCACCAACUGCCAGGGAAAGAGCUACAUCAAGAUGCUGUAGAACUGCAGAGGAAAAACCUAGAACCUGAGAAGCUACUGGAGGAUGGCCAACGGCAAGAUGGAGCCUGGUUACCCCAAAUCUGUUGCCUCUAGUUUUGAUGGUCUGACUGGCACCAUCACUGCAGCCCUGUCUGUGCCUGUUAACAGGAGAAGGCCCGAGUCUGUCUACUUCUUCAAGAAAAGAGGCACCAUGCAGAAAUACUCCUACCCUGCUGGAAGUAGCCCCGUCUGUGGCAAGAAAUCCAAGUCCAGUACCAAGAAACCCCACGGUCACAGAGCAGCGGUGCGUCUGGGAGUAGAGAUUAACAUCAAGCCGUCUCUGAAAGGCUUCCCCUCCUCAGUGACCUCAGCUGUGUCUGUCCCCAGCGCCAAGAAGGCCGACAGAUACAAAUACUUCCUCUUUGCUGGACCCAAGUACUUCAACAUCAAGAUAUCUGGUGACCUGCCUGCUCUGGCCAAACCAGACAACCCCGAUCCCCGCCAGAACUCCAUCAACUGGCUCAAGUGUGUCUAGAACAACCCUAUGGAUGGACCACCGACAACGCACGAUUACGAC